GUGUAGAGCCUUUAACUAUUUUUCACGUUUGUUCAUUCUCACGGUUCUUCCUUUUUAUCACCGGUAAAUCCAGAAACACGUGUGGUUUCAAAACAUUUAAUUUACUAGAGAACUGUAGCCGUUUAUUGACCAAAAUAAUAUGGGAAGACCAGGAUUUUCACCACGUGGUGGAGACAGAGGUAGAGGAGGGGGCGGAGGGUUUAGAGGAGGACGUGGAGGUUCAGGUGACAGAGGUGGUUUCCGUGGCGGACGUGGUGGCUCAAGCGAUAGGGGUGGAUUCCGAGGUGGGCGUGGUGGUGGACGUGGAGGGUUUGGGGACAGAGGUGGUAGAGGAGGUGGACGUGGUUUUGGUGAUAGAGGAGGCAGGGGACGUGGUUUUGGUGACCGUGGACGUGGAGGUCGUGGUGGCAGAGGUGGAAGGGGUGGUAUGAGGGGAGGUAAACAGGUCUAUGUUGAGCCACACAGACAUCAAGGUGUAUUUGUUGCAAGAGGUAAAGAAGAUGCACUUGUCACAUUAAACAUGGUACCUGGUGAUUCUGUGUAUGGUGAAAAAAGAAUUUCUGUUGAGGGUGGUGAGACAAAAAACAGAUACAAGGCCUGGAAUCAUCAGAUCCAAGUUAGCGCGUAUUUAGGUGGUGUUGAUCAGAUACACAUGGGACCUGGCAAGAAAGUUUUAUACCUAGGGCAGCGUCAGGCACAUGUCAGCCAUGUGUCUGAUAUUGUUGGACCUGAGGGUUUAGUGUAUGCAGUAGAGUUUUCACACAGAAGUGGUAGAGAUCUGAUUAAUGUUGCCAAGAAAAGAACAAACAUUAUCCCCAUCAUUGAAGACGCUAGACAUCCACAUAAAUACAGAAUGCUUGCAAACUGUGUAGACUCAACAGCAGCUCCUGAGGCUGUAUUUGCCGGUGAAGUAAACAAAUUGAAGGAAGAGAAAAUAAAACCACAAGAACAGCUUACAUUAGAACCAUACGAGAGAGAUCAUGCCGUAGUUGUUGGACAAUACAGAGCACCACCAAAGAAAUGAUAGGGAACAGUGGAAAAGACAUUAUUAUUGACAAAUUAAAUUUCACAAAAACUUUCAAUUAUAUUAACAUGUGUAUUCUGUACACAUGUGACCAUGUGCUUAGAAGUCCAGCUGACCACUUUGUGUUGGGUGCAAGAAAAAGUGAGACCAUUGACAUUGAUGGUAGAUCUACUUUUUAAAACAAGAAAAUGUAUCUUUUAUAUCAAAAAAAUUAAAUGUCUAUGCUGGGACGUAGAUUAUGAAACUCGACAUAGAUUAUGGAAUCUGAAUUUUAUGGAAAUGAAUAAGGUACUUGAUGUAAUUAUUUUACACUCAUGAAUAUGAAUGUGUAUCAAAGAGAUAAUUGUGUGUAAAAUUGGGAACAAAGUCAUAUAAUGUACACUUUCUUUUUAAGAGAUAAUAGAUUUUAUAUCUGUAACCAUUGAGUUUUGAUGAAUUGGCUUUAUAUAAAUCUUUUUAUGUUAUUGUUAAGGAUGAUAUUACAGGAGUGUACCAGUUCACAGUUAAUGGUUUUUCAGAUAAAGAAAUCUUGGGGUAGAUUUAUAUUAACCAGCUGUAUUUUUGUAAUGAUACAAAAUUAUAAGUGUAUAAAAACAUAAUGCUUUGAUUGGUCCUGCAGUUUUAAAAGAUGUAUCAGUUUAUUAUAACAGUAUCUUUAUCUUUGAUCUGUAUUCAGUUAUGUGAAUUUUACUUGGCUAGGAUAUAACAAGAUCCUACUAUAAUGAAAUAAGACGUUGGGUCCCCAGUGAGAACAGCGCUAGCAAAAUAGACAAGAGCCUUAUAAAAUAUACGAGAUGAAUGCAUACUUAGAAAUUAUCCUAUUUACAUGUAUAUACCUCCAAACAUUUUUUUUUAAGUGUAUUAUUUUACUUGAGGUAAAAAAAAAAUAGUACAAGCAAAGUCUCAUCUGAUGAACCUAAAAUGUGAAAGGUGAAAUGCUUCUGUCAAAAUUAAAAUAGCUGUAUGUUCAAGUGUAUAUGGCAGAACAUAUAGUUUAGUGGAUACUGGCAUUGUAUAACUGCUGGGAAAUGAAUUGUGUUCAACAAGAUUUUUUUAAUGCAUAUGGCAAGGUUUUAAUGUACUGUUGGUUUUAACUUUCAUCAAUUUCAUUGUAUAUAGUUUUUCUCAUUGAAUUCAUGACUUUGUUAAUGUCUUGCACAAUAAACUAGAGAAAUGAUUUUGAAUCAAUGUUUUAUACAAAAAUGUACUUGAUAUUCCAGUUUGUUGUAAAUUACAAACAUGCUUUACACUUUGAAGAGAACCAGUUGUAUUAAAGUUUUAGGAUAUUUUUUUCAAAAUAUAAAUAAAUAUUGUUGUCUUAACAAUAUUUUAGUUUUGUGUUAACAAAUUUUAAACAGUUUUUCAAAAAUUAAGAAAAUGCUGUUUUAUGAAUUGUACCACUCUUUUGAUGAAAUAUAUAUUAAAGACAUAAUGACAUA